GUUUCAGCAAAAGUGAUAGGAGAAGUUCGAGCACUUAAUAUUUUCCCAAUCAUACCUUAUGGUAUUCUUGCUGUCUUCUAUAUGUUCUGGAUUUCUGUUGCUCUUCAUCUGUUCAGCUCUGGUCAGGUUGUUCAGAAUAACUGCAAUUCUAACUGCUGCGCAUAUGAUCUCUUGGAGAAAAAGGUGAUCUGUGAUCGGUGUUGUGGAUAUAGCAUUCAUUACACACCCCAUGUUGGAGCUGCCAUCCUUUUUCACCUAUUUGGCUGUUAUUGGGCUACACAAUUUUUCUUAGCUUGCUCAUCUACAGUGAUUGCUGGAUCUGUUGCCUCUUAUUAUUGGGCGCAUGGUGAAGCAUCUCCUGAAAUUCCUUUUCUUUCAGUAUUUUCCUCCAUGAAGAGGCUCAUGCUUUACAAUCUUGGUUCUGUGGCUCUUGGCUCUCUGAUUGUAUCAUUCGUAGAGUCAAUCCGCUUUUUGCUUGAGUCUAUUCGCCGGAAACUAAAAGUCUCCACUCAUGUCCCUGAUAGCAUGAUUGGCAAGGCUGCUUACCAAUCUUCUCAAUGCUUUCAAAGGAGUAUUGAGUGGACCAUCAAAUCAGUGAACCGAAAUGCUUACAUCAUGAUUGCUAUAACGGGAAAAAGUUUCUUUAAAGCUUCUGCUAUUGCAACUGAAUUGAUCAUGAGUAACAUCCUUCGGAUUGGACGUGUCAAUGUGAUUGGAGAUGUUAUUUUGUUCCUUGGAAAACUAUGUGUCAGCCUCUCAAGUGCUGUUUUUGCUUUCUUCAUGUUGGACACACACAAGUACAGAUCUGCACAUAACAAGAUCUCAUCUCCACUUUUGCCUGUUGUGGUUUGCUGGACUCUUGGAUAUGUUGUUGCAACUCUUUUCUUUGCAGUCGUAGAGAUGUCAAUAGAGACCAUCAUUCUCUCAUUUUGCCAAGACUCUGAGGAGCAUGGAACAGCACAGUAUGCUCCUCCUCUUCUCAUUGAAACUCUGGGAGACCAAAAUGAGAUGCAGAGACUUACACAAGGACCCCAAUGA